GACAAUUUUAGUACUCCGACUUAUUAUACAUCCGUAUCGCGCGCGCAGUGUCACAUCUAAAAUUGUUAGUGUAGCAAAAAAAGAGAUAAAGUAGCAAAUGGAAGCAACUUAAAAAUCAUCGAAAUCAGUCGUAUCCACUUGGACGGACAGUGAAUAAUCGAGCCAUUAGUCCGCAAAGUAUAAUGUAUCCCAUAAAAUAAGUUAACGAGGUGACGCGUCACGCGAUCGAUUUAAAACGAUAGACCAGGGCAGACAUCCAAGACCCGGCGCGUCUCUGACCUGCAGCAGUGUAUAGUCCUAUUAGUGCUUUGGUUUUGGUGCAGCUGUCUGUCUAUUUUGUGACGUAACGAGCCACGCGUUUUUGCCCUUGUUUUUGCAGAAAAAUGGCCCCUACUGCCUGGACAGAGGAGGAAGUUGGGAGAAAAUGGGACAGGUGCUUUGCGGACGCGGUCUUUAAAUUAGGAGGUGGCAUUUUUCUCGGCUCCGUCAUCUCGCUGCUCUUCUUCAGGAAAAAAUGGCCUAUAGUGACAGGGGCAGGUUUUGGUUUAGGUAUGGCAUAUUCAAAUUGUCAAAAAGAAAUUAACUCCAUAGUCACCCAAAAUGUAUCAGCAGCAAGCAGUAAACCAUCCACCACAGAAAAAUCAGGAAAACGUUAGGUCAAAGUGAAAAUUUAUAAUUGUUAAUUGAUAAUGACUAGUUAAAUUUGUAUUAAAUGGCAUAAUUUUGCCUCUGUAAAAAUGCAGAAAUUAUCACAGUGUACAUACAUAAUUUAUACUCAUCGUAAGCUGUAACUCGAAGCAAUACAAUAAAAUCAGUUUCUUUCAAUUUUA